AUGGAAGGCGGCAGUGUGCCGCCAGAGUUCCUGCACAUCGCUGCCUCAGCAGGCGCCAUGCCGCUGGAGGGACUCAGCGCCAUCCGCCCCCCAGUCUCGCCCGCGACGGCGGCGCGAGCGGGAGAAAUUCUGGAGACCACGAAGGCGAACGCUGUGGUGUGUGAGAAGAGCAGUUUCGACGAGAUAGACAUCAAUGCGCAGCGGAUUGAGGCCGUGCGGAACUUCGUGCAACGGCUAGAUGAGGAGUGCGCGCAUGGCGGGGCCGACGACGCGUCGAACUCAUCCAGCGAGGACGAAGAAGGCGGCGAGAAGGCAGGACGGGCAAGUAAACGCGGGCGCGUCCUUGAGGAAACGGCCUUUGGCGCGGAUGAGACGGCGCGGGAAGCAGUGGAGCGCGACAUGCUGAUUCAGCUUUCGAACACAGUUUCUGUGACGACAAGCUUCGAGGUUGAGGUCAGCGACAUCAGCGCCGCCACGAGCCUCUCCAACACGAUUGCUGGAGCUGCCGACGCUAUCAAGGUUCCGCCGAGUCCUGCCCCUACGACAUCCCCAACGCUGGCCCCAACUACUGAGCCCCCUGCUCAAUGGUAUGCUGAGAUCACCGGCGGCUGCACGGUGUCCAACGGCUGCGUGAGGAGUCCGAACUAUCCAGAGGAUUAUUCCAACGAAGACGAGUGCGAAAUCACUUUGACAUCUGAGGGGGUAUGGCUUACGCCAACGUCCUUCGACGUGGAGAGCUACUUCGACUCGCUGACCGUGAACGGGGUGUCCUAUGACGGCACCUCUUCGAAUGCCCUGACAGACCCUGUCUUCGCCACGACUACCAUAUACUGGUCCCCAGACAGCUAUCAGGCCGCCGCUGGCUGGGAGCUCUGUCCUACGCCAGCCCCUACCCAGAUUUCCACGCCAAGCCCUCCUAACGGCACUGGUGCUCCUACUAGUACCCCUAGUGAAUAUCCAUGGUAUGCUGCGAUCACCGGCGGCUGCACGGUGACCAACGGUUGUGUGCGGAGUCCGAAUUACCCGCAGGACUACACCAACGAUGACGAGUGCGAAAUCGCUCUGGCAUCUGAGGGGGUGUGGCUCACGCCGACGUCCUUCGACGUGGAGAGCUACUUCGACUCGCUGACCGUGAACGGGGUGUCCUAUGACGGCACUUCCUGGAAUGCCCUGACCGAGCCUGUCUUCGUCACGGCUACCAUCUAUUGGUCCCCCGACAGCUACCAGGCCGCCGCUGGCUGGGAGCUUUGCCCCACGCCAGCCCCUACGCAGAUUUCCACGCCAAGCCCUCCUGUUGGCACUGGCGCUCUGACUGAGGCCCUGGUGGGUGCCACCCUAACUGGUGCCCGUGCCGAGGAGCCGACGGAUUGA